UUCUGCGCAAUGUCUGUAUUUAGGAGACGCGCUGGCCAGGUCCUAGUUCAUUCGGCUUUCAGCAAUCUUCUGCUUUCAUCGGUCAGCCGACUUCCAGGGACUCUCGUAGCUUCCACAGUAUCUGAGGAAGACGAAAGCAAUCAGGAUGGAAGGUUUAACAGCUGCUGCCUUCUGCAUUUUAACUGUGGCUCUUUUUGGGACGUCAGAAGGAGGUCCACAAACCCCAGGAGGUAACUGCAACCCCAACAGGCCUUGUCCACUAAUUCACAGACCAGUGUGUGGCAGUGACGGUCGUACGUACAGUAAUGACUGUGUCCUUCAAGGUCAAACCUGCAGCAAUCCAAAUCUCCAAGUAGACCACGAGGGACCAUGUCGUUUACUGACCAACUUUCCUUUGCAAGAAUCACAGAAGAAGAGGUGCGUCCCUCCACUCUGCACAGCCAUCUACGCCCCCGUCUGCGGUAGCGACGGUCAGACUUACGCCAGUGAAUGUACCUUAAACGGUGCUAAGUGCGAAGAUCCCUCUCUCACUCUGGUGUCUAAUGGACCGUGUGGUACCGAAGAGACGAAAUGUCCUCAGCUCUGUCCAGCUAAUUAUGCCCCUGUGUGUGGAAACAACGGCGAGACCUACAGCAACGACUGUACAUUAAACACAGCUGCCUGCAAGACUCCCUCCCUUAGGAAGGUGUCAGAUGGCGCUUGUUGGACAUAUGAGGAUGCUCACAUACAGACGUACACAAACACUGGAAAAACCUCAGGUGUCGAAGUACUUAAGUUCCAAUAUGUAAUCUGGCUGAACAGCAUGAGAAUCUCACUGGGUUUGGUUGUCAUCUUCGCUAUUUGUGGAGUGGAACUUGGGCAUACGCGGGAAUUAAAUCCGUCAAAGCAUAGUGGCUGUGCGGUGGAUUGCCACCAUGCCUAUUUCCCAGUCUGUGGCACUGACGGCGAAACUUACGACAACGAUUGUGCACUGAGCUUGGCUGCUUGCGAGGACCCAUACAUUCAAGUUGCGUACAGUGGGCCGUUAUUACCUGGGAUCUCUGGAGUCCUCGUUAGUAGACUUGAUGUUCUUAGCCUGUUCAUUUUGCGUCUCUGGAACAAAAAAACACAGGUAUAUCAAAUGAGCAACAUGAGAAUCUCACUGGCUGUGACUGUCAUCUUCGUCAUUUUGGGGGUGGAUCUUGGAAAUACGCGGUACCUAGGAUCUUUUCAGGAUCGUGAGUGUAGACUGCCUUGUUAUAAAGAUUAUUUACCAGUCUGUGGCAGCAAUGGUAAGACGUAUGGCAACGAAUGUGCACUGAGCAAAGCUGCUUGCGAGGAUCCGUACGUACAACUUGCGUAUCACGGCCCAUGUAAUGGGGGAUCCAAGAACGAGAAGUGUGACCGGCCUUGUGACGAGCAGUAUCACCCUGUCUGCGCCAGCGAUGGAAAGACUUACUCCAACGCCUGCGUGUUGAGCGUGGCGGUGUGUAAGGACCCCCGUCUCUGGAUGGUGUCCUCUUCUCCAUGUUCAUAAGAUAAGAGCAGGACGGAUCUCUACAGUAUCUAGGAACGGGAGGCGAAGCUGAAGUCGAGAUCUUUCAGAGGGAAUUGUGUUUCAAAUAAUAUAUAGAUAUGUCUAAUCACGUUGACACAUCAUUAUACAUCUAAC